AAUUCCAAAAUUCAUUCAAAAUCCAUUCCUUCCAACAACAAAAAAAACUCAUCACUUUUUAUUUAACAACCUUUUCUUCUUCUUCUUUCUUUACAACCAAACUAAUCUUUCAAUCAUGAAUGAUCUAUUAUCAAGAUCCUUUUCCGGCAGCCGCAACAACAACAACGAUAUCGAGAUGGGGAACACGUCGGGGGACACGACCGGAACAAACCUCGACAAGUUUCUCCAAGAAGUGGACGUAAUUAAACAAGAACUAAAACAUAUCGAAUCGUUGCAUGAACAACUUCAAACGUCGAAUGAACAAAGCAAAACUUUGCAUAGUGCGAAUGCUAUCAAAAAAUUAAAGAAUAAGAUGGAUAAUGAUGUUGCCUUGUCUCUUAAAAAAGCUAAGCUUAUUAAGAGCCAGUUGGAGUUACUAGACCGGUCUAAUGUUUCCAAUAGGAGUCUCCCGGGCUGUGGGCCCGGGAGCUCUACUGACCGGACUAGAACUUCUGUUGUUAAUGGCUUACGUAAGCAGUUGCAAACUUCCAUGAAGUCGUUUAAUGAAUUACGACAGAAGAUGGCUGCUGAGCAUCGUGAAACCGUUCAAAGAAGGUACUAUACUGUUACUGGUGAAAAUCCGGAUGAAGCUACCGUGGAUAAUCUGAUCUCCACCGGACAAAGUGAGACCUUUUUACAAAAGGCGAUUCAAGAGCAAGGGAGAGGGCAGGUGAUGGACACAAUUCUUGAGAUUCAAGAACGACACGAUGCUGUUACAGUGAUUGAGAGGAACUUGAAAGAGCUGCAUCAGGUUUUCAUGGAUAUGGCGGUUCUGGUGGAGCAUCAGGGUGAGCAGCUUGAUGAUAUCGAGAGCCAUGUGAACAGGGCUAACUCGUAUGUUGUCCGUGGGACUGCACAGUUGAAUGAAGCUAGGAAGAAACAGAAGAAUACACGAAAAUGGACUUGUUUUGGGAUCCUUCUGUUACUCAUUAUCAUCGCCAUCAUUGUCUUAUCUAUUAGACCUUGGAAGUAGAUGAUUUCGUGCAUUAUGAUUUCGAUACUUUUUACCUUUGGUAUGUUACUCAUUUUGGGAUAUUCUUGUUCAUAGAAAAUUUUUAUUUGUUUGCUGAGAUUGCUGUCUUCUAGUUUGGUAUUGUUAUUGAAGGCAGUGGAGCUCUUACAUUUUUUGGUUAUUUGUUCAAGAUUGAGAUUCUUGAUUUCAGCCUGUAUCUAUAUUUACUUUAUUCUGUUACAAUAAUACAAUUACAAUCAUCUGAAUA